CAGUCAUCAAAAUUGGCGGGCUGUACGCCUUUCAACCGAUCAGCUGCACUUUGUAAGACAAACAAUGUUGACGCGAAGCAAGCUCGGAGUACCUGCUAAUGAGAAUUUGGUGGAUGGCAUGAAGGAGAACAUAAUUUUUAAAGCUGAAACUGGUGGCGUGUCAACAAGAUCACGUUCAGCCUUAGGCGACAUCAGGAAUAAAACCACUGAUGCUUUAUCAAAGAAUAUAAGUAAACAAAAAAGUGGUGAAAGUGAGCAAUGUAUAGCGAAAAAAAAGCCCAACAUGGGUGUUGACGCCGCCAACCUGAAGCAGUUUGAUAGGCUCCAGGAGUUUCGAGCUCGCCGCAAAGCCAUACGUCUACAGUGUUUGGCAUCUCCUAUAGCGGAAUAUUUCUUGGAUUUUGAUCGGAUUGAGUUCGGAGAUAUGGCUACUGUAUACCCUUACGCAGGACGUAUAUUUGACUACCUGCAAGACAGGGAACUAUCAUUACAGCCUUUACCUGCUCAUUUUAUAAACUCAAAUUCUGAAAUCAACUCAAGAAUGCGUUACAUCCUAGUAAACUGGCUUGUACAGGUCCACUACAGUUAUAAGUUGCAGCCUGAAACACUCUACCUGUGCAUAGCUAUUAUGGAUCGCUAUUUAAUGAAAAAUGCGAAGCGCCUGACAAAAGAUGGGUUCCAGCUGAUAGGCAUUGCAUCACUUUUCAUCGCAGCUAAGUUCGAAGAAAUGUAUCCGCCUGACAUAAGCGAUUUCUCUUCGAUUACUAAUAACGCUUACUCGAAAAUUGAUAUACGAAAUAUGGAACAAGCGAUACUACAGUCAAUUGACUUUUACUUGUCGGUUCCGACCCCUUUGGUGUUUUUACGACGUUUUUCAAAAGCUGUAGAAGCUGAUAGGAAUACGCAUAAUUUAGCGAAGUACUUUCUUGAACUUACUAUUCAGGAGUACGACUUGGCUCAUCUUCCAGGGAACCUUCGUGCUGCAGUUUCAUUGUGCAUGUCAAGAGCCAUAUACUUGGGCACAUCCGAGCUAGAGCAGGUUUGGAACGAUAGGCUGUCAUAUCUCAGUGGUUAUAUGUUGGAUGACAUUCGUCCCCACCUACAAGUUCUGGCUAGAGCUGCUUAUCGUCAGCAUUCGCCUUCAAAGUAUAGGGCAAUCUUCAACAAAUAUCGUGUGGACGACUUCUAUGGCCGCGUAGCAACACUACCUCAGCUUCGCUCACAGCUUAUGGAAGAUCUAGCCGAUCUGAAGUUCGAUAGUGAUGGAGAAGUCAAUCCUGCCUAACCCUGUUGUGUUGAUCGAAACUCAGCAGAAGACCUAGUGAUUUAUUGUUAUCACAUCAUUGUCUAAAUGUCUCUUGGUCGAUUUAUUUCUCCAAAUGAUUUAUUUAUCGCCUGUUGAGAUACUUGAUAAUCUCACUGAAGUGAUUGUAUAUUUUAUUCCAAUCGUCUUCCCCAUAUUCGAUUUUAGUGUAUGAUUGUGUAAUACACUAUUUUACCAAUGAAGGUGACCAGUUUUCUAGUUUUUUUUCUGAGUAGAAGUAAAAACUGCAUUUCACUGCAGUGUAAAUUUGUAAUUUG